UAAAUUAGGGGGAGAGGCGUACCAAGCAAUAUUGAAGUCAGCAGUUGAGCUGUGGCAUGCAAGAUGUCGUUUUUCGGGAAGAUAAAGUCUGCCGUGAUGGGCAACCCCGUCACGAGGGAGUACGAGAUAGGGCGGCAGGUGGCGAGCGCUGGUCCGGGGCUGCUGUGGAAGGUCCACCAGGCAACAAGAAGAGCACUAGACAGGAGAUGUCGGUGUUUAUGUUCAACAAACAGACUCCGGAUUUCGAAAAGCUGCACAAAAACAGCGUGAGAUGAUUCUAGAGAUGUUGAGAAAAGGCCCGAAUCACCUUAUUCGUCUGAGACAUCCGCGACUGCUGACCAUCGACCAUCCUCUGGAGGAGUCAAACGAUUGUCUAGCUUUUGCAACUGAGCCUGUGACAAUUGGCCUAGCUAACAUUCUUGGUAACUAUGACAACCUACCCUCUCCCCUCCCCCUCACCAUCAAGGAAUAUGAAGUUCACCCGAUAGAGAUACAGUAUGGACUGUAUAAUUUGAGCGAGGCGUUGGAAUUUCUCCACUGUGGAGUGAAAUUGAUGCACGGGAACAUCACCCCGGAGGUCGUCGUGGUAACGGCGGGAGGGACGUGGAAGUUGAUGGGAUUCAAUUUCUGCUGCCAUUCUCAGUACCAGAGCGAGACCACGACCACGUUUCAGUUCCAAGAAUGGGACUCCAGACGACCCCACGACACGAACCCGUCUCUAGAUUUCCUGGCUCCGGAGUACGUCCUCACGAAAUCCUGCAGCGAAAAGAGCGACGUGUUCUCAUUCGGAAUGCUCUGCUACUCCGUCUACAACGGCGGUCGGCCGCUCUGCAGCAGCCUCAAUAAUCUCCUCUCUUUCAAGCAAAACGUAGAGACAAUCAGUCGUGUCACGGAAUCGGGACUGGGGGAAGUCCCGCAUGGACUGCGGACACUCGUCAGGACCAUGUUAGCUGUGGAGCCGAGUGUCCGACCGGACGCCAUGGAGAUAUCGAAACACGCCUUCUUUGACGAGGUGGGUGUGGCUACCCUCCGUUACCUGGAUACGCUGUAUGAGAAAGGGGACAUGGAGAGGUCUCAGUAUUUCAGAAAACCUGGCUCUUGUCAUCACAAAACUUCCAAAGAGAGUAAUUCACCAGAGGGUAAUUCCGGCUCUAAAACAAGAAUUCAGAAACAACAAGAUGGUUCCGUUUGUCCUUGCCCAUCAUUCUUCUAGUGGCUGAAGACUGCACAAUGCAGGAAUACGGUGAUGUAAUCAUGCCCAGUCCUCAUUCCAGCACUCCGGAUUCAGGAUCCAAUUCAGGUAGCAUUGAUUCUGCUGCAGAAGAUGGAUCUACUGCUGAAGAAAACAUCGCCGGAAGACGUCCGGCAGCACGUGCUACCAACGAUCAUCGCUUCCUUGGAAACGACUAACACACAGCUACAAGAGUUGUGUAUAAGUCUAAUCCCGUCGUUUGCGACGACCGUCGACUACUCUUCGAUGAAGCAUUCCAUCAUCCCCAGACUUACGGCUCUCAUGGUCUCCUGUGAAUCUGUCUCCCUGCGUGUGAAGUGUCUGGUUGCCGUGGGGAAGAUGCUGGACGCUCUGGACAAACACAUCGUCCACGACCACAUCCUCCCUCUCCUCCAGCAGAUCCCGUCCCGAGCACCUGGAGUUCUCAUGGCCAUACUAGGUAUCUACCAUGCGGUGAUGAAGAACAAGAAGAUCGGAAUGGAUAAGGUGCUCCUGGCAACCAGAAUUCUUCCCUUCGUAGUUCCAUUGUCAGUGGAGCCUACUCUAAAUGUUGCCCAGUUCAAGCAGUUUAUGGUGGUGAUACGGGACAUGCUGCAGUCUGUGGAAACAGAGCAGCUGACUCAGCUCGAGCAGCUGUCACAGAUGGAAGAACAGACAAGAUCGACAGUAGAAUUUGCCCGAGACGUGGCAGAAGCAAAGGCAAUGGAGGACACAAUAAACAAGUUUGAGGAGACGUUUGGCAGUGGCGGGUCACAUGACAGUCAUGUGAUCCAGAGGAGAGGAUCCGCCACUCCAAAGAGUCCUCCCUCUGGCUAUGGACUGACAGCUGCAAAGUCUUCUUCUAAUGACGGUGGUGACAUGUUUGCUGGACUGUUGCCAGAGCAACCCUCCAUGGCGACCACGUCCACUUUUUCCCCCUCCCCUCAACUCCCCAAAUCCACAUCCCCCCACACCCUCCCAACUCUCCCUCCUCCCUCCAUCUUCCCUACCAGCAAGACCAGCAGUGGUACUGCAUCGAAACCAAUGACAUCAUCUCAUACCAGUUCCAGUGUUAGUGGAAUGGGAAUGGGGGUAUCAGGAGGUGCAUCAUUACAACCGAUACAGACCGGCGUUAGUGGAAUGGGAAUGGGGGUAUCAGGAAGUUCACAACUGCGUCAAUCGUCAUGGAAUACUGGUGGUGUUGGUGGAACGGGAAUGGGGUUAUCGGGUAUGGGAAUGAGACCCACACAGACUGGAGGGAAUCAGCAACAGCCACUAAAAUCAGUCCCAGUCCAGAAAUCCCAUUCUGGAUCAGGAAUGGGAUACACUCCUCCAGCUGGGUAUAGAGGGACUGGAAUGGGUAUGGGCACAGAGAGUGGAGGAACGGGAAUGGGUUCAGGAAGUGGUAGGAUUGGAAUGGGUUCAGGUAGUGGUGGAAUCGGAAUGGGCACAGGGAGUGGUGGAAUGGGAAUGUGGAGUGGAAAUUCUGGAAUAGGUAUUCAGAACACGCAAAGCAACCAACAUUUAAACCCUCAGCCAAUUAACCCCCAGCCCACUGGAGAUGGAGGUAGUUUGUUUAGUGGGAUGCAGGUACAUGCCAGCUCGGAGGCUUCUAAGGGGUUAACGAACAAUACUUCAUGGACCAAUCAGAUCGCAGGACGGAGUCACAUGGCUGGAGGUGAUCUAAUUGGUGGGAGUGCCCCCUAUGUUCCCACGGAAACGAGAUCAGCAACAGGCUGGUCGUCCGACGUCAACAAAGGAAAAGUAGCUGUCCUUGCAGAUCCAAACGCGGGAUGGUCCGGCAAUAUUUCCCAGCCUGUCCAAUCCGCCAAUUGGAUGUCCCAAGAUCAACAAACACUGACCCCUAAUGUUGCUCCAUUGAACAAUUGGACACCAAAUCAGCAGAUGAUGGCUCCUAUGCAACCAAACGCUGCCCCAUCUGGCAAUUGGACAUCUCAAAAUCUAAGCCAACCGAGUGUGAUGGCUCCCAUGCAACCUAACAUUGCCCCAUCGGGCAAUCGGACAAUACCAAUGCAGUAUCAACAGCAACCUUUUGCGCAAUCGGGAAAUUGGACGGCCCAAAAUCAGAGUACAGGUGUUGCAUCGACAGCGGCCAGUUUGAUGAUGGGCGGCCCGUUGCUGCAACCUGGUAACUAUAGCAACCAGGCCCCUGCAGCGCAACCACGGCAACCAAACACGUCGGGAAAUCCUUUUGCUGACCUCAGCUUCUUAGAAUGAGAGCAUUACUGAUUAUUGCUCCUUGUAAAUAAUUUAUAUGUGGACUUCAAUUUUACACUGCUGUUUGAUUGUGUACAUUAAAUUUGGUUUGUCACAUUGGUAUAAUCAUUGCUUUUGUCACAUUUUCGUGGUCUACAAUCCUUUGGAAUGUGAAACAUUUUUAUAAAUCACAGUUGUGCACAAUUUGCAGUGGUGCAAUAAGAUAUAAUAUAGUGUCUAAACAUUAAUAAGUGACGAGACAAGGAGAAACGUGUUUUGUUGUUGUGGUUGUUUACUUGCUUCCUUUCAAUUUCUCCAACCUCCGACGGAAGUCCUCCAGGUGGGCGGAGCUUGUGGGUAGUUUAGUGG